AUGUUUCACGCUGCUGCCAAUCCCAACAUCCUCGCCUACGUGGAUCCCACCUUCUUCCCCGCAGGCACACCAUUUACGGCCAGAGCACCAGGAGGCCGUCGAAACUGCCUUGCAUUCUUCGACUAUGCUCGGAAGCCACGGACUCCCAUUGAAGCCACGCUGAUCACAUUCCGGAUAUUGGGGUUCCUUCUCGGUGCUGCUUUGUUCCUCAUGGGAAUCCUCUACAUCAGUCUCCCUGCCACCUUUGGGGCCAAUCGGGUCGAGCCUAUUGCUGCGUUGAUCGUGGGUCCCGUUACGAUGACGUUUUUCUUCUUUGAGGCUUACCUGUGCACCGGGCACCUCGUCGAUCCCGCCGGAUUGCCGGUAUUUAUUACCGAAUUGGUGUUCCAAGUCUUCAACCUCAUCCUUAAUGCGUGCGCGCUUGGGUGGCUCGCACUGUUCGACUUCGGCCGUCAACAAGACCGCGCCGACUGGUGGGUGUUUGUGAUGUUGUUUUCACUCAACGGGUUUCUGGCACUCGCCGUGGCGAUCACCAUGACAGUCAUGAUAUUCAUCGCCGUCGCAAAACGCGAGAAGGCAGCUGUAACGGUCGGAUCCCCAGGCCCUGAAAAUUUGACGGCCACAGCUUGA